UAUCUACGCAGAUUUGCAUUUUCAAAUACAAACAAAUCUCAAUCAGCUGUCCGAUUUGUAUUUAAACUGUUUGAUAUAUGCGGAUUGUAAUUAGCGAGAUUUGGAUCGCUUCGAAAUUAUUUUUCUUCUUAUAAAGUUGUAAAGAAGCAGUCAAAAUUGAUCCCAAACUGGAUUUCAGAAUGAGCCUAAGUGCGCAACUUAGAAAACAAGUGUGCGCUACAAAUCCAAUUGUUUUUAUGGACAUAACCAUAGGACCGGAGUUCGGUGGUCGUGUGAUUAUUGAACUACGGAAAGAUAUUGUUCCGAAGAGUGCAGAAAAUUUUCGCGCUCUUUGCACCGGCGAACUUGGCGUCACUCUGAACAAUACAAAGCUACACUAUAAAGGCAAUCGUUUUCAUAAAAUAACGCGCUGUUUUGCAGCACAAAGUGGAGAUAUAGUCAGUAACGAUGGCACAGGCGGUGAGAGUAUUUAUGGACCUAUAUUUGAAGAUGAAAACUUUUUAUUGCCUCACGAGGAAGGUGUGGUUAGUAUGGCUAAUUAUGGCAAGUCAAACACCAAUAGUUCACAGUUCGUUUUGACUUCUGUACCGUGCGAGAAUCUGAAUGGUACAAAUGUGGUUGUUGGUUGGAUACUACGCGGUCUGGGUAUUUUAGCUGUUAUGGAGCAGUACACUACAGACGAUAGUAAGCCAACUAAGGAAAUUGUUAUAGUUGACUGUGGUGAGAUAUUGCCAGGCCAAGAUUGGGGAUUUUGCGAUAAUGAUGAAACUGAAGAUGAAUUGCCCCCAUAUCCACAAGAUUGGGUGGAAAAGUUCAAUGAAUUUUCGUCUGAUGAUUUGGUUAACUUACUGACAACAAUUAGAAAUGCUGGAAAUCACUUUUUCAGCAAAGAACUUUACUAUGAUGCACGGCGCAAAUACCGGAAAGCACAUCGUUACUACAAUAUGCUGCGACAUCGAUACGACUGGCAAGAAUUGAAACAUGUGGGCUGCAGGGAAAACGAUUUAGUCAAACUGGACGACUUUUGUGUCAUUAAUAACGCAAAUAUGGCAGCCGUAGAAUUAAAAUUGGGCGAAUAUGCCAAUGCUGCUUAUGUUUGCACUGACGCUAUUAAAAUGAAUCCUAACUACAGUAAAGCUUAUUAUCGUCGUGGGCAGGCACAAAUUGAGCUAAAAAACUAUGAAGAGGCAGUUAAGGAUCUAAAGAAGGCUCUGGAACUAACACCAAAUAAUAAACAAAUCAUAAACGAAUUGAAUCGCGCUAAAAAAUUUUUAUCAGACUACAAUCGUGAACAAAUGCUGGCUCUUAAAAAUCUAUUUCCCAGUAAUUAAACAAAAUAUAAAAUUAGUUAUAAAAGUUAUAAAUGCAGCAUAGUAAAUUAAAUGACACAUGACAUUUGGAAGUAGUUGUUGCAUUCUCCAACGAAUGCUGCUUUCGUACAUAUAUAUAAUGAUCAAAAUCAUAAAAUUGCUUCUCUUAAUUGAACAAAAAUGCAAAACUAUAGGUUAAUCAUUAAAGGUGAUGCUAUUGAAUGCUCGCAGCUAAUUGUAGGUUAAUAUGGUAUAAGUUAUCUAUUGUAAUAUAAUUUGUAAUUCAUGGAAUAGAGAUAUUUUUAUAAUUGUUUUAUUAUUGUAUAUUUUAAGCUGUUAUUUUUAAAAUUUUUAAUUACGUUUUAUAUAAAGUUUUAAUGUGUUCAUUUUUCAUAAUUCUAACUGCUAUUUUAGGCAAAUUAAAGUUCUGUCUUCAAAAGUCUUCAAAUAAGUUUUUAAUAAAAAUUUAU